AUGGCAUGGGUCUUCUUCGUAGUACCCCUCAUCAUGAUCGCCCUCUACUACUCCUUUGAUCGUCUUCGCAAGCAAAACGGCACAACCAAAGCAACAACACCGUCAUCUCCUACUGGCUCUGGUACCCCAACGCCACCCCCAAAACAGUAUUCGGGCAAUCAAAGGCGCGCUGUCAAACAGGACUUGCAGCCUCAGCAAGAGCAUUCACGUCCAAGCCUAGAAUAUGGACCUGGCCCAACUUGGGUCGCAGCACCCGAGCCCGAGACGUAUCCAUUCGACACAAUUAGAGCAGUGCCAGCGACGCCCAAGACUUCCUCCACGAGUGCCAUGCGGCCUGUUACUGCGGAGUCGGAAAAGCGGAGUAGUCUGCAUCAGGCGGUCUUGGGUGCGGGCACAAGUCGCGGUCGGAAGAACAACAGCGAUGUCACAAAGGAAGCCGAUAAGAAUGCUAGAGCUGAGGACGUGGAGGACUACUACGUCGCUGGCGGUAGUAGUGGCAGACAGAAAACAUACACCGGAGCGUGGCCUUGA